AUGAAAAGUUACUGGUUUAUGUUUUCAGUAAUAAUCUCUUCACUCUUUUCGGGAAAAGCAGUGACAGUCGAGAAAAAAUAUACAAUUGCUGAGAGCAAAACACCAAUUAUCGAGGUUAUUGGAAAUAAAUUCUUUGAUUCUGAAAGUGGGGAACAGUUCUUCAUUAAAGGUAUUGCAUAUCAACCAAGUAGAAGCCAAGAACAAAUGGAUGAUAUGCAUGAAAGUUACGAGACUAAAUAUAUUGAUCCUCUUGCUGAUCCUGAAACAUGUUUAAGAGAUAUUCCUUAUUUAAAAAAGCUUCAUAUUAAUACAAUUAGGGUUUACACAGUGGCUCCAUUAAAGGACCAUAAUACUUGUAUGGAAGCGUUAUCAAGAAAUGGUAUUUAUGUCUUACUAGACCUUUCCGAACCGGAUGUAUCAAUCGUGAGAGAUAACCCGAGUUGGAAUAUCAAUAUACUCCGAAGAUAUAAAGAAGUUGUGGAUGCCAUGAAUAAAUACCCAAACCUUUUGGGAUUUUUUGCUGGAAAUGAAGUCACAAAUGAUAAAACCAAUACCGAUGCAUCUCCUUUCGUAAAAGCUGCAAUACGAGACAUAAAACAAUAUAUGAAUGAGAAAAAAUAUAGAAAAAUCCCAGUGGGGUACUCGAUAAAUGACGAUGAAGACACUAGGAAAAACUUAGCAGAUUAUUUUACUUGCGGAGAUGUAACAGCGGAUUUUUAUGGUGUGAACAUGUAUGAGUGGUGUGGUUACUCAUCUUACGGUACAAGUGGAUAUAGAGAACGUACAAUUGAAUUUGAAAACUUCUCUAUACCAGUAUUCUUUUCUGAGUUUGGAUGUAACUUAGUAAGACCAAGGCCUUUUACAGAAAUAGGGGCAUUAUAUAGUAAGAAAAUGACUCAAGUGUGGUCUGGUGGUUUAGUUUAUAUGUUCUUUGAAGAGGAAAAUAAUUAUGGCGUAGUGAAAAUUGAUAAAAAUGAUACGGUUAAAGAGCUACCAGAUUUUUUAUUUCUCGAAGAAGAAUUUGGUAAGGUAACCCCAAAGGGAAUCAAGAAAACCGAUUAUAUGGAAAAUCACCUACCCAAGAUUUCUGAGAAACGGGAAUGUCCAAAUAGUAUAAAAUUAGAAAAUUGGAACGCCAAUGAAGAUUUACCACCAACUCCAGACGAUGCGAAGUGCCUUUGUUUAGAUACUAUUCUUCCAUGUUUAGUAUUACCAUUCGAGAAUAGUUUCGAAUAUGAAGAAUUGUUCGAUUAUAUUUGCCACCAAGUCGAUUGCACAGAUAUAAUUGUUGAUGGAGGAAAGGGUCUUUAUGGUACUUAUUCAGAUUGUACUGCAGAACAACAACUCUCUUUACAAAUCAGCAAGAUAUACUUCAAAAGUGGGACAAAAAAUACGAUCUGUCCCAUCGAUAAUAAAAAUAUCUACUUCAAUUUAGAAAGCCAAGAAGGGGAAGGUUUGACAGGAGGUUGCAAGAAACUUCUUCUUGAUCUUAAGGAGUCACUUAAUGUGAACUCAGUGAAGACGAAGAAAAGGGUUGGAGACGGGAAAGAUAAAAAAGAGGAAAAAAAGGUAAAACCAUGA